GGCAUUGUCCUGUCCCGGCUCCCGGCUCCCGGCCGCGGCGCGCGCGGUGCAUUGUGGGGGAGGAGCCCCGGUGCCCGGGCCCCCGGGACGGGACGGAGCUCGGCAGUGGCUCCCCGCGCCCACCCUCCGCCCGCAGGGCCAUGGGGGACCUGGGCCUGGGCCAGGAGUUCCACACGUGGCAUCAGUUCAGCAGCUUCUUCGAUGACUGGUGCGAGAAGCACAAGGUGCUAUUCAUCAUCGCCAGCCUCAAGCCGCUGAUCUCGCUGCGCCAGAACCCGCUGCACUACCAGCCCAGCCUGGCCGCCACCCUGCGCUUCCGCUUCGUCCGCCUCAUCUGCAAGCACAGCGGCACCUACGUGGGCCAGAGCACCGUGCAACGCAACCGGCUCAGCGAGAAGAUCGACUGCCCGGCCUCCAUCACGCUGCGACUGGGCCCCAAGAAGGACCGGCUGGUGGUGAUUGAGGCCAGCCUGGAGCACAACCACAAGUUGUCAGAGGUGGAGUUUGCUCACUACUUCAAGCGUCACCAGCUGGAGGCCAGCAUGGGGCUGCCCAUCCGCAUCACCAACAGCGUGUCCAAGCGGUUCCUGGCGCCCGACCUGAUCUGGAACCUGGAGGACUACAGCAAGGCCAAGGACAAGGGCAUGUGCGAGUUGCUGAGCCAGCUGGACGGCCUAUUCAAGAGCGACCCGGCCGCCAAGGUCAAGCUGGUCUUCCAAGAGGACGUGGCCGUGCUCAACAGCAUCUUCCUGGCCACGUCGCACAUGCGGAGCCUGGUGCAGCGCUUCCCCCGCUGCCUCUACAUGGACAAGGCGGCCUGCGUCAACAGCGAGUUCGAGCUCUACUCGGUGCUCUGCCAGGACGGCAACGGGCGGGGCCGCGAGUGCGCGUACUGCGUGGCCCGCCGGGGUGUGCCCGAUCUGGUCAUCUUCAUUGUGGCCUCCCUGGUGCAGAGCGCGCCCGACAUCAAGCUAAAGGUGAAGUGUCUGACCGUGGGGGCGGGCAUCACGGACGUGGACGCGGUGGAGGAGGUGCUGCCUUGUGCCCGGGUGCAGAUCUGCCGGCUGCAGGUGCUGGAGGCGCUGUACCGCAAGGCGCGCGAGCUGGCUGUGCCCAAGGAGGACAAGGUGCGAAACCUGCUGCACAACAUGGCCAACGCCAGCUCGCCCCGCGUCUACAGCCAGUACCUCAGCGACCUGGAGGACGUGGCGCCGCUGCCCUUCCUGCAGUACUACCUGGAGCACUGGCACCACAACAAGGGCAUGUGGGCGGAGUGCUGGGCCUUCGAGCGCAACUGUGACUGCCCCUUUCUGGAGCACAUGAGCUUCCACCAGCAGAAGCUGCGCUCGGCGCUGAGCCCGCCCCUGGGGCUGGCGGCCUGUGUGCGGGGGCUGCUGGAGCUUCAGGCGCUGCGGGUGGAGAUGGCGGCGCUCAAUGAAGAGCGGGUGUCGGAGCUGUACCGCGCCGUGUGCCCGCCAGACAGCGCUGCGCUCAUCGCCGAGGAGCUUGGCCUGGCCAAGCACGCCAACUACCACGUCAAGGAGGUGCCCGAGGGCUUCCUGCUGGAUGGCGGCAUCUGCUCCUUCCUGGUGAGCCGCGACCUGGCCGCCUGCUCCUGCUCCAUAUAUGUCUCAAGCCGCCGGCCCUGCCGCCACCUCUUCGCCACCCGCCUCUGGACUGGGCAGCCCCUCUACGACCCCGGCUUGCUGCAUGCCCCAUCGGGCGGUGAGGGGCAGGACACCUAUGUAGGCUUCUGGGCCCGGGCUCAGGUGCCCCGCGGGAUGGAGGAGGACGAGCUGCAGGAGAAGGAGUUCUUCUCGUGGGAGGAAUUCAGCGCCUUCUUCGACGCCUGGUGCGAGCGCAGGAAGGUCCUGUUCUUUGUCAAGAAUUCGGUGCCGCUCAGCAAGUGCAAGUGGGCAACGGUGCCCCCACGGCCCGACGUGGUGGAGGCCCUCAAGUACAGCUCCGUGCGCCUGGUCUGCAAGGACUUUCGCGGCUCCAGCAAGCCCGACCAGGGGGGGCAGCACAAGGGCUGCUGUGCCAGCAUUGUGCUGAAGAUGAGCCCCAAGAAGGACCGGCUGAUUGUCACCGAGUGCCAGCUGGCCCACAACCACGCCCUGUGCCCCAUCGAGUUUGCCUACUACUUCAAGAAGGGCUACCUGAUGGCCAACUCAUGCUUGCCGGUGCGCACCACCAACAAGAUCUCCAAGCAGUUUGUGGGGGGGCCAGACGUGCGGCGCCUGCUCUCCUACUGCAAGAGCCGUGACCACGGGGUGCUGGACGUGCUGACCGUGCUGGAUGGGCUCUUCGCCAGCGACCCUAGCGCCAAGGUCAAGCUGGUCUUCAUGGAGGACAAGGUCAUCGUCCAGACCAUCUUCUUCCUGAGCUCGCGCAUGAUGGCGCUGAGCCGACGCUUCCCGCUCAUGCUGUUCUUUGACCGCAUGGUGGGGCUGAACGAGGAGUUUGACCUGUAUUCAGUGCUGUGCGUGGACGGGGCGGGGCGCGGCCGCGAGGUGGCCUACUGCCUGACGCAGCGGGAGACGCCCGACCUGCUGCGCUUCACACUGGCCUCGCUGGUGCAGAGCGUGCCUGAGGUCAAGCUGCAGGUGCGGUGCAUCACGCUGGGCGUGGAGAUUGCCCACCUGGAGGCGGUGAAGGAGCUGCUGCCCAAUGCCCGCGUGCAGAUCUGCCGCUCCCAGGUGCUGGAGACGCUCUUCAGCAAGGCUCAGGAGCUGGGUGCCGCCGAAGAUGAGCGCAUCUGGCCCCUGCUCUGCCGGCUGGCUGCAGCCAAGUCGCCGGCCGCCUACCAGCAGGCGGUGCAGGAGAUGAAGUCCAUUCUCCCCCAGCGCUUUGUGCGCUACUUCCAGCGCCAUUGGCAGCCGCGCAGCGAGAUGUGGGUGCAGUUCUGGGCCUUUGAGACGGCCCGCAACGUCAACGCCUGCGAGCUGCUCAAGCAGCACCAGCGCCGGCUGCUGGCAGCCCUCAGCCCCUCGCCCACCGUGGCCCAGUGCAUGCUGGACCUGCUGGCCAUGCAGGUGGGCAGCGAGGCCCACGAGCUGGACGAGGGAGAGCUGGCCACGCACUACCGUGCCAUCUGCAAGCCAGAGCCGGCUGGACUGAUCGAGGAGGAGCUGGGCUUUGCACGGCACGGCCGCUACCGCUUCCAGGAGACGGCCGAGGGCUACCUGCUCCAUGACGGCCUGUCCGAGUUCGCCAUGGAUCAGGCCCUGACGCGCUGCUCCUGUUCCAUCUACACCUCCAGCCUGCUCCCCUGCCGCCACCUCUUCGCCACGCGCCUGCGCACCGGGCUGGCGCUCUUUGACCCUGGCCUGCUGCACAGGAACCGGGCAGCACUGCUGGGAGCAUGCUAGGGCCGUGGGGCAGGGACUCCAGCUGCUCCGGGUGCUUACUGUGUAAGUCAGGGGGCCAGGCACUGGUGCGGGGCCGGCUGCACAUCUGCAGCUCGCACAGCAGGGGAGAAGCCAGCCCAUUGCCACGAUGGGGGUGCCCUGCGAUGACGUCAGGAUGGAGGGGAUACCUGGGUGCUGGUCCUGUUUGACUUGUUUUCACAGAGAAGAGAAAGUGGCAGGUGGUGCUGUCCUGUAGCUGAGAGCACCCACAGCCAGUGCCAGGCAGGGACCUCAGUGGGUUGGGUGCCCAUCAUGGGCUGGGUGCUGCUGUCCCAUAGCUCAGAGCACCUGCAGCCCAGGCCGGGUAGAGAUCCCAAGGUGUCUGUGUACCCAUGGUGGGCUGGGCACCGCUGGCCCCUAGCUGAGAGCACCCAGAGCCCCUGGCAGAGGUGGGUGGGUGGAUGUUGCCAUGUGGGGUGUGAUACUCUGGGGUGUCUGCGCCUGCCGAGGCGGGUGGGUGGAUGAUGCCAUGCAGGGUGUGACACUCUGGGGUGUCUGCGCUGCAGAGGUGGAUGGGCGGAUCAUGCCAUUUUGGGUGUGACGCUCGGGGGUUUCUGCGCUGCAGAGGCGAGCGGAUGAUGCCAUACGGUGUGUGACACUCUGGGGUGUCUGCGCUGCAGAGGUGAGUGGGCGGAUCAUGCCAUUUUGGGUGUGACACUCGGGGGUUUCUGCGCUGCAGAGGCGGGCGGAUGAUGCCAUACGGUGUGUGACGCUCUGGGGUGUCUGUGCUGUCAGAGGUUGGUGGGUGGAUGGUGUCAUGUGGGGUGUGAUGCUCUGUGGUUUUCUGUGCUGGCAGAGGUGGAUGGGUGGAUGGUGCCAUACGGGGUGUGACACUCUAGGGAUGUCUGCGCUGGCCGAGGUGGUUGGAUGGAUGAUGCCAUGCAGAGUUUGACACUCUAGGGGUGUCUGCGCUGGCAGAAGUGGGUGGGCGGAUGGUGCCAUGUGGGGUGUGACACUCUGGGGUGUCUGCGCUGGCAGUGGCGAGUGGGCGGAUGGUGCCAUGUGGGGUGUGAUGCUCUGGGGUGUCUGCGCUGGCAGGGGCGAGUGGGCGGAUGGUGCCAUGUGACGUGUGAUACUCUGGGGUGUCUGUGCUGGCAGGGGCAGAUGGUGCCAUGCGGGGUGUGAUGCUCUGGGGUAUCUGUGCUGUCAGAGGUGGGUCUGUGGAUGAUGUGGUGUGACACUCUCUUUGUACAGAGAAUACAUUUUAUUCAAUAAACGUAUAUUUUCCUUUUUGACCCUU